AUGAUCUUCUAUGAUGUGAUCGGCUAUGAUAAGCCAGUCAAGAUUAUGGUGGGAUGCAACACCCUUAAUCAUGUCACAGCCCUGAUCCACCCUUUAACAUCAGACACAUUCCAAGAGGAUCUCAUAGACAAAAAGUGCUUAACAGAAAAAUACACACACCUCUCCUGUAAUAAAGUCUUCUGCCAACCAUGGCUGAAAUGCAUCGACGGGAAGUGUAUUUGUAAGCUACCUUAUCAGUGCCCAAAGAAUGGUACUUCAGUGUGUUCAACUAAUGGAAGAAAGUUCUCAAAUUACUGUCAGCAAAAGAGUUUUGAAUGUCUUAAACCACAGGCAAAGUUUUUAAAUAAUGGAACAUGCAAAGCUGAAGGACAAUUCCAUGUUUCCUUGAAAUAUGGAAACACAAAUUCAGAAGGGAUUGUUGAAGUAAAACUUGUGGACCAAGAUAAGAAGACAUUCAUCUGUAAAAAUGGCUGGAGCAUAACACAGGCCAACGUGGCUUGCCGUGACCUUGGAUAUGAACAAGGGGCUCUUGAUACUCGUGGAAGCUUUGGAGAUGUAAAUGCCACUGAAUGUCUGCAUGUGCAUUGUCGAGGACUAGAGAUGAGUUUGGCUGAAUGUACUUUUACUAAGAGCAGAACUACCAAGGACCAGAAUUUAGCUGGUGUUGUGUGUUACACAAAGAGUUCCACAGAUUCUCCACCAAAGGACUCUUUUCACUGUGUAAAUGGGAAGCAUAUUCCUCAGAAGAAGGCCUGUGAUGGUCUCAAUGACUGUGGAGACCAAAGUGAUGAGCUAUGCUGUAAAGAGUGUCAAGGAGAAAGUUUCUUUUGUAAAUCAGGUGUUUGUAUUCCAAAAGAGUAUAAAUGUAAUGGGGAAGUGGACUGCAUCACAGGAGAUGAUGAAAUUGGCUGCAAAGGCCUUGAACCUGAGGCACAAGAAGAAUUGGAAAUCUUGACAGCCGAUAUGGAUGCGGAAAGAAAACAUAUGAAGUCAUUUUUACCUAAGCUAUCCUGUGGAGUUAGAAACAGCACGCAUGUUCGAAGGAAACGAAUCGUGGGAGGAAGUCAAGCACAAUUGGGGGACUUCCCAUGGCAGGUGGCCAUUAAGGAUGAUGACAAACUUAACUGUGGAGGAAUUUAUAUUGGUGGCUGUUGGGUUCUCACUGCUGCACACUGUGUCAGAGUCAGUAAAGUUCAUCGUUAUCAAAUAUGGACAACAUUAGUAAACUGGAUAAGACCCAACAAUGAGAUAUUAAUUUGGUAUGUGAAUAAAGUUAUUAUCCAUGAAAACUACAAUGGAGCCACCUAUGAAAAUGACAUAGCUUUGAUUGAAAUGAAAAAACUCCCAACCAAACGUGAAUGUGAGCUGUUGGGUUCCAUCCCUGCCUGUGUCCCCUGGUCUCCGUAUCUAUUCCGACCCAAUGAUAAAUGCAUCGUGUCUGGAUGGGGCAGAGAAAAAGGUAACAAAAAAGUCUAUUCACUUAAGUGGGGUGAAGUUAACUUAAUAGGCAACUGCUCUAACUAUUACUCCAAUCGCUACUAUGAAAAACUAAUGGAAUGUGCAGGUACAAAUGAUGGCUCCAUUGAUGCCUGUAAAGGGGACUCUGGAGGCCCCUUAGUCUGUGUGGAUGCUAAUGAUGUGGCCUAUAUUUGGGGCAUUGUGAGUUGGGGUGAAAACUGUGGAAAACCAGAGUUCCCAGGCGUUUAUACCAAAGUAGCCAAUUAUUUUGACUGGAUUAGCAAUCACGUGGGAAGGUCUCUUAUUUCUCAGUACAAUGUAUAA